UUGUGGUUUUAUUUCCGGGGUUGUCUCCUCAAAAUAAGUCAUGAAGCAUGCUAGCUAGCUAACCUAGCAGCUAAAACAUUCAGAAGUGCGAAUGUGUAACGUUAAAGUGAGUUUUAGGUGUGUUUGUUAGAGGCAGCGGCAGCGUACUCUGAAAUGACUUAACUUGAGGAAACGGUGGUUUUAGCGUGUUGCUGGAACAUAAAGAGUAUCAGCAGAAGAUGAUAGAACCAGAGCUACUCACCGAGGUGCCUGCAGCACUGAAGCGACUAGCCAAGCAGGUUGUAAGGGGUUUCUACGGAGUGGAACAUGCCUUGGCCCUGGAUGUGCUGAUCCGCAACCCAUGUGUACGUGAGGAGGACAUGCUGGAGCUGCUGAAGUUUGACCGUAAACAGCUGCGCUCGGUACUCAACACCCUGAAGGCAGACAAGUUUGUCAAAUGCCGCAUGAGAGUGGAGACGGCUCCCGAUGGCAAGACAACGCGGCAUAACUACUACUUCAUCAAUUACAGGGUACUGGUCAAUGUGGUCAAGUAUAAAUUGGAUCACAUGCGGCGGCGCAUCGAGACAGAUGAGCGAGACUCCACCAACCGUGCCUCCUUCCGGUGUCCCUGCUGUUCCUCCACCUUCACUGACCUCGAGGCAAACCAGCUGUUUGAUCCCAUGACAGGUACAUUUCGCUGCACCUUCUGCCAAACAGAAGUAGAAGAGGAUGAGUCCAUCUGUCCUGAUGCCAGGACACAGGUGGCACGCUUCAAUGAGCAGAUCGAACCCAUCUACGCACUGCUACGUGAGACCGAAGAUGUUAACUUGUCCCAUGACCUGCUGGAGCCUGAGCCUACCGAGAUCCCUGCCCUCAAACAGAGCCGUGAACGUGCUGCAGCAUCCGGACUAAACUCUGCAGGCCAACACCGGGAGGCCUGGUCUAACAAAGGCUCAUCCUACGCUGACCUGUACACCCAGAAUGUGGUUAUCAGCAUGGAGGAGCAGGACGCCCAGCAGAAGCAGGCCAGUGAGGGCAAGGAAGUUAAAGAGAGGCCCGUCUGGUUGACCCAGAGUACUGUGCAGGGUGCUUACAGCGAGCCUGACAUCCUCCAGAACAGUGGAGAUGUUGUACCUGGAGCCCAGGAUGGAGCUGCUGGGCAUGGAAUUGGUCAGGCAGAUGAAAACGAGGAAGUGAUGCGUGCCUUGCUCAUCCAUGAGAAGAGGGGCAUGGCAGGGGCAGGAGCAGGUGGAGCGAGCACUGCUACAAAGGGGCUCGUCUCCGCCACAGCUAAUGCCAGCGACUCAGAGAGCGACACCAGCGAAUCAGAUGAUGACUCUCCCUCAGGUCCUGCCCCCGCCGCAGCUGCUCAGCAUCGGGCCAACGACGAGGAGGAAGAGGACGACGACGAGUUUGAGGAGGUGGGGGAUGAGCCGAUGGUGACGGUGGGAGGCCGGUCGUUCUCAUACCGAGAGGUCAGCCAGAGGCCGGAGUUGGUGGAGCAGAUGACUGCACAGGAGAAGGAGGCCUACAUUGAAAUGGGACGAAACCUCUUCCAGGACAUGUACUUCUGAACACACACACACACUUUUAUAAAUAUGUUACACACAUAAUGAAACACGUUGAUGAAUUGGCUUUGAGUUCCCGAAUGUAUACUUUACUGCAGUCUCACACUAUCGCUGGUGAUAUCUGAGGAAAUGUUUACGUGCUGCUCAAGAAGUAUUUACAGCCAACGACAUGCUUCGACAGUGUUGCCUAAGUGAUCACACCUUUUAGUAUUCUGUCCUAAGUAUUUUUAAUUCUCAGUCACCAAACCAGAAGGUAGCUGGCCAGCUGCAGUUUGUGCCAAUUAGUGUUUUUGUUAGUCUGUUUUAUUUUCAUUUCAGCUGUAAGUUUAACAUACUGUCUGCAUCAUGUAUCUGAUGGAACAGACAAGCUUCAGUUAUAAUCAAUGCACAUCAGUUGACCCCCCCCCCCCCCACACACACACACACACACACACACACACACACACACACACACACACACACACACAAACAAACACACAAGUCAGUCCCUAUAACUACAUUGGGUUUUUUGGGCCGUGAGCUCUGCCAAAAGACAUAGGCAUAGCAAUAAUGUGGCUGACUGUACGCAGUGUGACACUGAAGCUGCCGACGUGCUGUUUUCCAAAUAUUUUCAGUUUUUCUGAAAAGAAAUCAGACUGGAUUUAAAAGCUCAUCUCAGGCAAAUGUUGAAUACAAGAGGAUAUGGUUGAAUUGUUUUGGUUUACAAUAAAAAAAAAAAUUGUUAUUCUGAACUAUCUGUAAUAAAAAGAUACUGCAGUACAGCAAUA